AUGGACUGGCUACAGAUGGUAACACCUGAGGAGAUGGUAUAUGUAGGUAAGAGGGUAAAUACAGUGAAAGAGCUAGAGGUUGCUGUAAGGAGGUACGCUGAGAGUAGAAUAAGGAGGAGACAUAUAUAUGAUCCAGUAUGUAGUGAAUGUGGGAGUAAGUCUAUUGUAAUGAUAGAUGGAGCAGAUACAUGUACAGAAUGUGGAGUAUGUAGUUUGAAUAACUUUUCGUAUUACGUUAGUUACAACUACAACAAGGACGACUAUCUGAAAAAGAAGUCUUGUCAUAAGAGAGUUCGCUGGUUUGAGAGACAUUUAUUUAAACAUGUUGCUGCUAGGGAUAGGGAUACCAUACGGGAGCAGUUUAGAAGCAUCGUGAGAUGUAUACAAAGACUUAAGCUGCAAAGGGGGCGCAACAUUGUUAGGUACAAGUUUUACCUACUCAGGCUAGCCAGUAUGAACGGUAUUAAGCUGAGAAACCCUCCUGAGGACAUCAGAACUCAAAAGAUAGUGGACACCCUUGAGGACAGGUUGUAUGGGAAAGUUUUUGUUGAGCUUGGAUGGAAACCUGAAAAAUGUUAA